AACGUCUUAGAUAAGUUGCGGCAAAAAUGAAGCAGCGAAGUUCAAAAGGAACGAAUUCAACAGAACAAAGGCAGAAGACGAGGUCGAAGUCGAUAUUUGAAUCUGGGCCAACUACUCCAAAAGAUUGGUCUCCAGAAAACGUCAAAAGGGAUUGCAUGUAUCAUGGAUACCGAAUUAUCAAAACCUUAGGAGAAGGUGCAUACGCAAAGGUCAAACUUGCAGAGGUGAUGGCAAGAAGAUUGGCGCGAAAUGAGGCAAUGUCCAUCAAGUCAGAGUUUUCCGAUGGUGAACUGCAGGUUGCAAUAAAAGUUAUAUCUAAAACUGCUGUUCCCAAAGAAUUCCUGCUUAAAUUUUUGCCACGUGAGGUUGAGAAUCAUACACAGAUGCCAGAACAUCCUCAUGUCGUUAGAAUAUUUGAUCAUUAUUACACACGUGAUCAUGUAUACUUAGUAAUGGAGUACUGCUGUAAUGGGGACCUCUUGGAUCUUAUCAAUAAACAUAUAGGUACAAAUCAGAAAGGAAUCGGAGAGGAAGUGUCUCGGAAACUGUUUAGACAAUUGUGUGAAGGGUUGCAACAUAUACAUAUGAAUGGAGUUGUUCACAGAGAUUUAAAGUGUGAGAAUGUUUUAUUAGACGAAAACAUGAAUGCUAAGCUUACAGAUUUUGGAUUUUCUGCAGCAGUUGAUGACCCUAGCGCAAUGCUUAAAACAUCAUGUGGAUCUUACGCUUACACGGCACCAGAGGUUAUAAAGAACAAACCGUACGAAGGCUUCAAAUCAGAUGUUUGGAGUUUAGGUAUAAUUUUAUUUGCCAUGAUAAACGGUCGUCUACCAUUUAACGAUGCUCAGAUGUUAGAGAUGGAUGAAGAUAUGAAAAUGCAGAGACUUCGGUUUGAACGCUCAUCGUCUUUUGAUUGCAUGGUUCUGAUCCGGAAGCUGCUGCAGUAUCAUCCAGCAGAACGUCCACUUCUUGAAGACAUACUAAAUGAUCCCUGGAUAACAGGAAAGAAGCCGAUUCCACGACAGCUACAGAGACCUAAAUGGAUUAAUCCGUACCAAGCCAAGAAACCUGAUUUAGUGGACGUCCCGACAAUUAUUCAUACGCCAAAGAAAGUAAUAGAAUUUUCACCGAGGAUGCGGAACAAUACUAUCUGUUACCGACCCGACGCCUCUCCAAAAACUUACACAGAAUCAUUAAGAGGAACAGUGACGCUAAACCACAAUGUUGGAGAAACUGUAACCCUUAAAAGUCGCUCUGGCAGAGCUUUUAAAAAAAGGAUGGAUGUGGCGACUGUACAAUCCAGGCCAAACACUUGGCCUCGAAGUAAAGAUGGAUCUCCGUUACCAACGAAACCAGGAAAUAAGCCCAGAAUAUCUGCUGUACAACAGAAACACCAGACCCGACAGAAUGGUCCAGAUAUCAGAACUAUUGCUAAAAUAAUUACAGAAAGAUACCGACAAGGAGAAAUGGGUUCUAUGGACAUUUCGAAACAAGUGCCACUUUGGCUUGUUAAUCAGAUUCUUAACUCAGAGGGAGAACAGAGCGAACAGGAGAAAGCUAGACUAUUUGCAAAUGGAAUUGAAGCAUUGACACAACAAGACGAAGAAGGGCAACGCAGUGUUUCACCCGGAUGUCCCGCAUGCGCAAUGUCGUCUCUCUCAAACACUUUAAAUACUGAGAAACUAACAGAUAAUGUUUCAGUUUCACAGAAAAAGAAACAGAAUCAUAAUGGUAAACCCAGCUGUCGCUCUAAUUUAACUAAAACAUCAGCAUCCCCUAGAUCCACGGCAAAAUCGUCUUUAUCAAAGACACAAACUGAAGCAUGUGUAUCAUCUAGACCUGUUAGCGCAAAGCCAUGCUCUAAAUCACAAACGGCUCAGAAAAAACAGAUGGUGAAUUACUCGAGUCCAUUGCCAAUUAAAAAGUCAACAAAAAGUGCUGACGGGAGGAUAGUUGUUAAACAAAGUGUCGCCACUUUCAACCAGGCGAAAAAAAUACCAACAAAUUCAACUGCACCAAAUAUAAAAAUCAGUCCACCUUCAACGAAAGUGAGUAGAGGAUUCAAGUUUAAAAUAAUGACACCUGCAGGUCGUGCUAAAAUGUGCAGAGAGAGAAAAAUGCAUGCUUACACCAACAUGCAUGCAUUUCAAGAUGUAGUGUGGCCUUUACCGUUAGUGCAUGGUCAAAGUGUUUCCAGUAGUGCAAAUCGCACGGCAAAUGCAUCCCCCUCAGGUCAACUCAACACCACACCACGUGACAUAUGCAGAUCAGACACAAGCAGGUUAUCGGAAUAUACAGAGGAGAGUCCAAUAGUUUCAAAUGACGCCACAAAUAUGGCUUCUAAACAUAAACUUGUAGUGCAUGUGUGUUCAUAGUAUUGUUUAAAGUCAGAUAGAAUUAUAAAUGAAUUAUCUGAAGAAAUUCAAGAUCAUCAUAACAUGAAUAUGAGUGCUAAUGAUUUUGUCAAUCUUACAGAUUAGUCACAUAUUUGUAAAGUAAAAGUUUUAAAACAUACUUAGGAAUUUGUCACAUUUCUUUCAGAUGUUGCAUGGUUAAUUUAUGUUAAUACAUAUUCAAAAUGUGAUUUUAAAUGUUA